AUGAGGAUGUGUGACAGAGGUAUCCAGAUGUUGAUCACCACUGUGGGAGCCUUUGCAGCGUUUAGUUUAAUGACCAUUGCAGUGGGCACGGACUACUGGUUAUAUUCCAGAGGUGUGUGCAGGACUAAAUCUACAAGUGAUAAUGAAACCAGCAGGAAGAAUGAAGAAGUAAUGACACACUCGGGGCUGUGGAGGACCUGCUGCCUGGAAGGGGCGUUCCGAGGGGUCUGCAAGAAAAUCGACCACUUCCCAGAUGAUGCUGACUAUGAACAGGACACGGCUGAGUAUCUGCUUCGUAAGUUGCCCCAUUCCCGGGGGCCUGUGAGGGCCUCCAGCGUCUUCCCCAUUCUCAGCGUCACGCUGCUCUUCUUCGGCGUCUGCGUGGCGGCCAGCGAGUUCCACCGCAGCAGGCACAAUGUCAUCCUCAGCGCGGGCAUCUUUUUUGUCUCUGCAGGGUUAAGCAACAUCAUUGGCAUCAUAGUUUACAUAUCGGCCAAUGCUGGGGACCCCGGGCAGCGCGACUCCAAGAAGAGCUACUCGUACGGCUGGUCCUUCUACUUCGGAGCCUUCUCCUUCAUCAUCGCCGAGAUUGUGGGGGUGGUCGCCGUGCACAUCUACAUAGAGAAGCACCAGCAGCUGCGCGCCAGGUCCCACUCGGAGCUCCUGAAGAAAUCGACUUUCGCUCGCCUGCCACCCUACAGGUACAGGUUCCGGCGGCGGUCCAGCUCCCGCUCCACGGAGCCCAGGUCCCGAGACCUGUCCCCCAUCAGCAAAGGCUUCCACACCAUCCCCUCCACCGACAUCUCCAUGUUCACCCUCUCCCGGGACCCCUCAAAGAUCACCAUGGGGACCCUCCUCAACUCCGACCGGGACCACGCUUUUCUACAGUUCCACAACUCCACGCCCAAAGACUUCAAGGAGGCGCUGCACAACGACCUGGCCAACAGGCGCACCACGCCGGUCUGA